AUGACCAUGGUCCCACAUCAGCCCAUCUGCGAGGUUACGUUCCCACAAUCCUGCGAAAUAUCGGCAUCCAACAACAUUACCCAAGAUAGUGGCGACACCUUGCAUAGCAGGGAGUCUAUCACUCUCCAUCAACAACUCGACCGUCGCGUCACAUUCGCUGAACAGCUAGCCCAAUCCCCUCCUGUUGGACCGAUCGUCCUUAUGAACGUCAUUUCUAUACCAGAUGGUGCCGACUACGAUAGCUUCCUCGAUACCUGGCGCCAAAGUGGCGACAUCCUCAAGAAGCAGCCUGGAUACAUCUCUACUCAACUGCACCGUUCCCUGGAUGGGCACUUCCUUGUCAACUAUGCCGUCUGGGAGACGAAUGAAGAUUUGAAAAAGGGUCUGGAGCUGGCCGAAUUCAAGGACAUAUUGGCAACACUUCCUGAUGGCACCGUAUUCAAGCCUACUGUCAUGCGCAAGAUUGCUGUGGCUGGCAGCUGUGUCGCAUAA